CCCUAAGAUACUAAAACUCCCUAAGAUGUUAAGAGGAAGAAACCUUGAGAGGAACCAGACUCAGAAGGGAACCCAUCCUCAUCUGGGUAACAACAGAUAGUGUGAAAAAGUUCAUUAUGGUUUUAUAUGAAGUCUGUUUGGCCUUAGAAGCAGCUGUAGUCCCAGCAAUCUGGAAUUGGAGUAGAUGAGAGCUCCAUCCAGAGGUAGGACAUCCGAAACGGAUCAGGCAUGUCCGGAGAGCAGAACGGAUCAGGAUCUCUAGUAUCUCCAUAAAAUCGUGUGUGGCCAUGACUUAUAUAUUGAUCACAUAUUGAAACUACUUACACACAAGAACUCCUACGACAUAAUCAGAUGCAAGGAGAUAUUUAUGUAUUAUUUUUAUAUUAUAUUAUAUUGUAUUAGUCAACUCACGGAGUUGUUGGUUUUUUUUUUUUCAAUUAAAUUACAACUUUAAGCAAGUCUACAGGGAGUUUGACCUCAUCCCAUAGGACAUCAUUAGAGCAGCCCCUAAACAGCUAGCCACCUAAUUAAAAUAAUGUUAGCUAUACUAAUGAACAAAUGACACCUGUUAACUGUUAAACUCACCUCAACAUGUCUUUUACAGUCAUUGAACUCACCAUGGGCAAACGAAAAAUCGCUGUUGCAAACAGUGCAGCGAGCAAAACUGUCAUUAUUUUUGACCCUAUUAAGCAGGCGUACACUUUAGUAUAGUCUAUGGUGACGUGUGUUUUGUAUUUAUUUAUUUGUAUUAUUUGUUUUGGCGCUGCAGGACACUACAGUAGUGAUGUGUCGUUCGUUCAUUUUGAACGAAUUUUUAAUAUGACUCGGGAACAACGAGUUGUCUCAGAGGGCGAUUCGUUCAUUUUUGACAUUUUUGUGCCGCAACAUCCCCAUAGGUUCUGUACAGGAAACAGAAAUGGAUUAGUUCACCUCUUGAGUCUUCGGGUUCGAGUCAUUCGUUCAUCAUCACACCCCCACUGCAUUCAGCCUAUGGGGCGGUCAUGGGAUGAACAAACAACUCGAACCCGAAGACUGAAGAUAUUUCUGUUUCCAGGGAACAGACGUGACAAAUGUGACGUGACAAAAGAAAGAACUUGGAUCGGGAGGUGAACUAACAGACUGCAAUAGCCUGAAGACCAGCUAAGCUGUUAAUUAAUCAUAAUUUGGCCUUGGCUGCAUUCGCCUACAGUUUGUGAGAUCAACGUUUGCGUAAGUACUAGAUGUGUUGGGGAAAAAAGAUUCGAAAAAAGAUUCGUUCAUUUUGCUGAUUUACGAGAUUCAAAGAUCCGAGUCAGUAAAAUGAUCCGAACUUCCCGUCACUACAGUACAGUACACUGAACUGGAGAAAGACAGAGGUCGACUGUAAAGCCCGCCCACAGAGAACACUGAUAGGUUUAGCUGGCAGAAAGAGAGACCAAUCAGGAUACUCCCCCCUCCCCUUCCCUUCUCUCUCUAUUGUUGAAUUUGAUGGACUUCCGGAAAUUCCAGGAGAUUUGGGAAGUCUCGUGACCAGUGCAGAAUAAAAAAAGUUUCACUUCUGAUGUUGUAAUGUCGACUUUUUGCUUCACACAUCAGUGUCGGCUAUGACCAGACACAAGGUGAGUUUUUAACCUCUACAUUACAGACAUGUGUGUUAACCCGGUGAACAUGAAUGAAACCUCUGUAAACAUUAAUAAUAGUUUUAUUACUACUACAAGUAAAGCGCUCUAUCAAAUUAGCGCGAUGUCACUUUGAAGAAAUAGCAGAUUCAGUUUCCACACUUUCUGCCCAUGUCACAUUUUACCCACAAAGUGAAAGUGCUUAAAAAAAGUUUGGGAUAUGUGCUGUCUCUCUCCUGUUUUCUAUCCAGUUGAUCUUUUACUGAUAAAAUGGCGCGCGUGAUGACGUCAUCCUUUUAAAAAAAAAGGGGGUCGCGUAAGUUUGGUGUAUCGCAAAAGAAAUCCGCCUUUGAGCCGGAUUUAGACAAUUAAAUAAAACUGACCCGCUUACUUUCAUUUUCAUUUCACAAGUAACUGCAGUUGUACGAAAUAUCUCCAUGGUAACGGCCUCCUGAGUAGCCUAGAGUACGCACUUGUGUGUGUGUGAGAGUGAGUGAGAGAGAGAGAGAGAGCGCACGCGCACUGAGCCAGUUGACAUGAGAAAACAUCACUUUUUAAUGCAUGAGUAACUGAUGCGCUGCUUUAAAUACACAUGUAGUGUAACAGGUUACUUUAGUUAUUAGUCACUCAAUAAUGUAACAAAUGUUUAUUUGAUGAGCGUCCCACCGGGAAUUCUGCUGAUGAGCCACUCUGAGGAUAUGAAAUAUCAGAGUACGAGGUCAGAACGUGCACCAUUUUAUCAGUAAGAGGCCAAUUGGAUGGAAACAGGAGGGAGACAGCAAAUAUAGCAAACUUUUUUCUUUCUUUUUUUUUACGCACUUUCACUUUAUCUAUACCAGAAAUGCAUAGAAAUGGUGGAUGGAAACUUGGCGACUCUUUUAACUUUGGUAAAUGAGUGCGCUAAGCAUUCCAGCAUUAACAUAACAAAUGUUUAUCUGUGCUCAGUGUUUUGUGUGCUGCCUUCAUUUCUGAUGAAUAUUGCAUUUACAAGUAGAUGAAUAAUUGUACUAUGACCAAUUAGCACGUUCGCCUCACACCUCCAGGGUCGGGGGUUCGAUUCCCACCGUGGCCCUGUGUGUGCAGAGUUUGCGUGUUCUGCCCGUGCUGCGGGGGUUUCCUCCGGGUACUCCGGUUUCCUCCCCCAGUCCAAAGACAUGCAUGAAUGGGGAUCCUUGGAGGAGAAAUAACUGUUAACAAUCACACACACUACAAAUGGACUGUCUGUAUCGAGACCAAGAUGCCAUGGCCAUUUUCUGACAGAUACAAUACAGUAACGUAUACACAAUCAUUACAGCAAUUCUUUAAGAUGUUUUCCCAACAUAUGCUCCACCUAUUUGUAUAUACAAUAUACUUCUAUAAAAUACACAAUGUGUUCUUAACAGCAUGUGACUGAUUACAUAUUUUUUAAAUUAAAGAACAGUCAAAGAAAACACUAAAAUUGCACCAUGACUUGGAGGAACAGACAGUUUUCAUUUCUAGUUGAAUCGGACACUCAUUUGAAAACGUACACACUUUUGUGACACCUCUUUGUAAUAAAAAAUAAUGCCCAAUUUUUAUUUGAAUCACCUUUGCUGUUACAUACAGUGAUGUGGAAUGCCCAUGAAACAAGUCACUUCCUAUUCUCACUUACGUUAUAGCAGUUAUAAACAGUCGUUCCCUCACCAGCCCUCUCUCUAUUCUCUCUCGUUAAGUUAAUAAGACAAAACAAUGCAGCAUGUUGUGUUACAGAGAAACCGCAAAGAAGCGUCAACUCCUCUGUCCUGAAGAUGUCGGAAAACUUAAAGUUACUGCUUUACCUCUGACUGUUACAAAGCUCUGACACUGGAGACUCCUUCCAUAAAUGUUAAAUUACAGAAAAUUAUUUUUUUUAUCCGUUUAGGUAGCUCAUCUUCUGUACAAGUCCCUGUAAAUGAGCUGUUACUAUAGAAACAAUAACGUAUUAAUAUGAGCGCAUUAAAUUAAACUUGGGAUUUACAGCUGCACUGCUGUCACAGCUGCUGUCAUAGAAAAUUAAUCAAUACCUUCUGACCAAUCACAAUCUAGAAUUCAACAGUGCUGUGAUGUAAUAAUACAUGCACGCACCCUGUUAUUGAUUAUUUUUGUAUUUUUCUUGUAUCGAGUGGAAUUGGAGGCCCUGUUAUGACAUUUAAGUUUCAGCAAAUACACUUAUGCAAUUAUGUGAUACAGUUAAACCACAUUUCAAAACAUAUUUUUAUUUAUUUAUAUUGAAUUAUUAUAAUUUUUAUAUUUCACUAGUACUUGUUAAGCUACACAUGACUGAAUGUGUUUCUGUAUAUAUGCAGUUUGAUGUUGAACCUGACAGAAAAACACAGCAAUGCCAGACACUUUACAGCAAAUGGGUCCAAACCAUCUACUUGAAAGUGAAAUAUGGACAGUGUUCAGAGACUGAGUGCUACACAGAUCCAGAUUUGUGGUACAUAUUCGAUCCAAGAGAUGACCCCUGUUUCACAAUUCGAGAGAGUGGAGACCACCGGCUGAUACAUCUGGACUGCAGCGUAAAUUACGAGGAGAAGAAAUCAACUUGCCCAAAUUAUGAGAAAAUUGACGAUGAUGCGCGAGAGGAAGAGGAAAAUCGUAGACGAGAAGAAGAGCAGCGAUGUCAGGCCCAGCUUGAACGUGAAAGAAGAAUUGAGGAACAAAUUAAAAGGGAAAGUGAGCUCACUGCUAAGAAACUUUCACAAGCCACAGAGACACUGAAGCAGAGACAGAGGCUGAGAGGCCAUGAGGUCCACCACCAAACUCAUAUAAUGCAACAGCCACUGGACGCUGAAAUUGAAAUAGAUGAGGCUCCAGAAAUAGAGAAGAAAUUCAUGGAACUCUUGUUUGAAUAUCAAAUCACUGAAGAUGAAGACUCAGAGGAGACAUUAGCAGACAGAAUGAAAACUCUGCAAAAUGAGUUAAUGGUGGAGUUCUGUAAGAAACAUAAUCUGUCCAGUAGCUCUGUGUUUUCUUUCAACACUGCAGUUGGUUAUGAGACUCUGCCUCUAUAUGAUAGACUGUCAGUACUUGAGGCAGUAAUGCGUUUAGUUCUUGAGGAGAAUGAAGAAGACCACACACAUAAACACGAACGGGACUUCCUCUUGGAUCUGCUUGAACUGUUGCAAGAUGAUCAUCCAUCGAUUGCGUUUAAUCUUUUACAGAGCAUUCUUCAAACUGAUAUGCAACUGUCUACACAGAGUAAAGAAAUUCUGUGUCAGAUUGCAUUCAACAACACAUGGAAACUGCCAGAAAUAACAGAUUUCAUGAGGAAACAUUUUGGCAAAGACAAAGAACAAGUGCAGUCAAUACUUCACAUUGCACAGACGUACAAGCUGGAGUAUGGGAGCGUCUUUACUGCUUUAGGUUCAGCUGAUCCCCUCAGAGGGUUAAAAAGCUAUGUUGACAAAGAGAGACACAAAAAUGCUGAUACUGUUAUUAGUGAAAUGCGUAAAGCGAACUACCCAGAGAAUGUCCUGAUAAUACUAGAGGACGUUCUGGGGUAUCUGGAAAUGGAGCUUCCAAAAUACAAAACAGCUAGUCUCAGUGAAAAAAACAUCCAGAAUGUAAAGAAAAUGAUUAGAGAACUGGAUUUUAACAACCCAGAUAGACAAGUUCUCAAACAUGUGCUAGUGGGAAUGUCAGUCGCAGUAAAGAUAUGCUCUGCUGUCACUAUUCAGAGGGGUAAAAAGGAAAUAGUCAUUGAAGGAUAUCUUCCCAGAUUAACUCAGCUUGCAACCUUGGUUGUUUUCCUGCUUCCAAAAUCAAAAACGAAUACAGGUUGUCUACUUGAAAUUGGGACAGGUGAAGGGAAAUCUUGUAUUUUAGCCAUGCUUGCUGCAAUCCAUGCCAUUCGUGGUGUAAAGGUGGACAUUGUGACGAGCUCCCCGGUCCUCGCCUGUCGUGAUUUAGAGGAAUGGAGUGGACUGUACAACAUGUUUGGCAUAACGUCAUCUGCUGUUCCUCCAAUGCUGAAUGAUGUCUCAUCUGAAAAACAAGAGGAACUGACUCAGGAAGCAUACAAACAACAAAUAAUUUACAGUACUGUUGGGACUUUUGCAGCAGAUACACUGAAACAAGAGUUUGAGAAGAAAACAACUCGAGGAGACAGGAGGUUUGAGCUGGUCCUUGUGGAUGAGGUUGACUACAUGACCUUGGAUAAUGGAGUUCAAAUAACAUUUCUGUCCCAUGAGUCCAGUGGCCUCCAGCAUUUGGAGCAAGUCCUAGCAAGCAUCUGGGCCAUGAUAUCUGCGUGUCGACCAAUUGAGAUAGAAGACACUGGAGAGACCAUGUGGACAACAAGAGUCCAGAAUUUUCACACAGCUGCCCUGAUAGCAAUGAUUGGUUCAGAAAAAAGUGAUACAUUUUCACCACUGGAAAUUUUGUUGCCAGGAACCGAAUUAGGCUUUUACUCAGAGGAAGAUUUUGAAAAUUUGAAGGUCUCUAUUAAUGAUGAAGGAGAAAAGCAACGUGUCACUAUGGAAAAUGAGGCAUGGAAGACCAUCAUGGCCAAAACGGGAAUAGAACAACAGUAUGACCUGCUCAGUGUUCUCGAGAUGGGGAUGGAGCAGAAGGUGGCAUUCAACUGUUAUAUAUAUCAGUCAGAAGCUAGAAAAGCCAUUCAGUUUGGAGAAAAAAAGGCAAAAACUGACCAAAACAUCAACAUGUUGCUCCUCGAGAAUGGAAACGCUUGUGAGAUCUUGUCUGAAAAUUUGCUUGUUGAAGCCACUGUUAGCCAGCUGAAAACAAAGAUUAAAUAUUCUAAGCAAUGCAGUUCAAAAGAAGGAAACAGCUCUCUUGUGAUCCCUUCUUUCUUAGAGAAAUACCUGGAAAAUCAGCUGCCAGUGUUUGUUGAGAAUGCAUUGAAGGCCAUUCAGAUGACCGAAGGCAGAGAGUACAUGAUCGAGAGAUCUCUUAGUGCUCAGGGAAUAGAUGUUAGUGAAGAAGAUCAACACAUGUACCAUGCAAUAAUUCCAGUGGAUUUCCAGGCCAGUGGAAUGUUGGAGAAAAGAAAACGGUGGGGUGAUGGACUGCAACAGUUUCUGGAUAUGAAGCACCAGUUAACUUUAUCACCGUUAUCAAAUGUGACAAACUACAUGUCAAAUUCCAAUUUCUUUAAAAGAUAUCUCAAUGGGAAAGGGAUAUUUGGUGUUUCUGGAACACUGGGGGGAGAUGCUGACAAGGGUUUCCUGGCAAGGCAUUACAAAACGGACAGCUAUGUCAUACCAGCUCAUCAGCGUCAAAAGGUUACUGAGCUUCCUGCAGUCCAGGUGAGGGGAGGUACCGAACAAUGGCUCCAAACUCUUUGUGCCACGGUCUCAAAAGUCUCUGACAGAGGACAGGUGGUGUUAGUCGUGUGUGAGGACGUCAACACAGCAAAUGCUCUCAAUGACAAAAUUACAGCAGAAAGCAAACAGGCAGUUACCAUGUACACGAUGAGCGAGAGCCACAACAUUGAGAACCAGGAGUUCAACAAGGGACACAUCAUCAUUACCACUAACCUUGGAGGACGUGGAACAGACAUUAAGGUUACGGAGGAGGUUAAUCGCUGUGGUGGUCUCUUUGUGUUACUCACGUACUUCCCCAAUAACCGAAGAGUCGAGAAACAGGUCUUUGGGCGAACAGGUCGAAAAGGCACCCCGGGAAUGGUCCAGUUAAUACUGAACCAUGAUCAUCUAGCCAUGGCCUACCGAGGACAUUCUAUUGAGGUCAUGAGGGACCUCAGAGAAGAGUAUGAGGUUAAUCGAAUAAAAGACAUGGAGAAGGAGAAACUAGCUGAAAUUGCAAUGAAGGAAGAGCUGUUCUCCACAUUUUGUCAGUUCCUUAGUGACUUUGACAGGCGUUAUAAUACAGAAGAGAAGACAGACCUCUUUGAAGUUAAAGUAAAAGACGUCCCUCGUUACUUUGAGUCCUUUCAGAGUAAGAUGGACUAUCACCCAGCCCUGAAUGCUUUAAAAGAGUCAUGGGGUAUGUGGCUGAUACUUCAUACAGACCAGAUUAACAUACAGAAUGACCUCAGUGAAUUGAAAGAAGACCUCAUCCAGCACUUGCUAGAUACAAGUAACAAACUUUUACAAGGUCAGAGUGAAAACUUUUAUGACCACAUUCAGCAGGCUUUAGGACGAACUGCCUUGCACUUUCAAAACAAAAACAAAUGUGACUAUGGAGCGAAAUCUUACUGGAAAAAAGCCUCUGACUCCGACAGCUACUACAGAGCUGUUGCACUGUAUAACCAGGCCUACAUUACCAUUAACAUGGCCAAAGAAGGCUACAAAAGUGAGGCGUGUUCCUUACUUGAGGAGGCAGAGAAGGCCAUAGAUGUUUAUGUAUUAGAAACUACCAAAACACUAUACUUCUGUUCCAUGUCUAUAAGUCAAAAUUUUGAACCGCAUCAUAGCGGCAGCUGUAACUUCCAAAUACAAAUGCAAGCGAGGAUGAACAUAUUUAACUCAUGGAAGCAAAAUAUUAAAAAAACACUUGACAUGAUUGGAUUGGGCGAAGGAGACUUCAAAACUAUGGACUUGACUCUUUACAACUUAUCCACUGAGGAGGAUUUUGUGUCUUGUAGUGAACUCGGCCUCUUUCGUAAUUAUGGCCUUGCAGUUGUGUUUGAACUGAAGCAAAAGCCCCAAUUCUCAUUUGAUGCCCUGAUUUGUUGUUUUCUUGGUGUGGUUCAGAUCGUAGCAGGAGUUCUGAUAUGUGAGAUGUCAGCUGGUUCCAUGUCCUCAUGUGGUCUUGGUUUGAUCUCUGAAGGGGUGUCUGACAUGAUCAAUGGAGUCAUGGGUAUGAUAAAAGGCAAUUUUAAUUGGGCAUCAUGGGCAAUGUCUAAAGCAUUUAAUAUAGGAAUUUCAUUGGCCUGGGGUGGAUUCAGUGUUUCCAAAAGAUCAUUGUCCUCUGUGAAAAACGCAGCAAAUAGUAUCUUCAAUGGCACUAAAUCACUAAAAAAUAUUGCGUGGAGCGCCCUCCGAUCAGGAAGAAACCUUUUUAUUUCCCCUUGUACAACAGUCAAAUCAUUAGCAUCAUCAGUAUGCAUAAAAAACAUCACACUGAACACGGCCAAACUGAACUUAAAAAAUGCAAGUGCGUAUGCUGUCCAAGAAUUGGCUAUUCGGGGAGUAAACACUGCUUUGAACAAUAUUGAUGCUACAGUUAAAAAAACUUUCAAACAAGGAUUUCAACUUACUUUCAACAAAUCUAUCUGUUCAGCACUGCAACAGAAUAAACAGUUUGCUCGAGUGCUCACAGAUUUCAUUAGCUCAGCAGUCCCAAAGGCCGCCUUGAAUAAAGCGUCUGGCUACAAGAUUAGCAAAAACAUGGAGAAGCAAAUUAUUGACCAUGUUGCUCUGAAUACGGAACUUACUAUCAGGAGCCUUGUAAUAAACUGUAACCAAAUCCAAAAGACCAUUCAAACACUGUCAAAUUUGUGGGACAUGGCUGCAGAGUUUGUUGCACACAAACGUUAUACCUGCAUCAAGAAACUUUUGAAAACUGCAAGCAUGUCCACCACCAUUUAUGAAAUGUAUUCCUCCAUUCCUACUAAACAGACCAUUGACAGUAAUUUUGUUCCUGCAUUUUUGAAGACCAUGAAGGAGGAUCCAGUAUUUGAGACAUAUGACAAUGAUGGAAGGGACAAACUGGAAGAUGUGGAACGCCUUAAAGAUGAACUCAUUGACGUGGUUUCAGACAUUCUUUCCCAAACCAUGGUGGAGAGUUUUUCUGGGUUUGCUACAUCAAUUUUUACGAAAACAUUCACUCAAAGACUAAACUCUGUUACUGGAGAAGUAGUUGGUAAUUUUCUGGGGAGGCAUGAAACCCAAAGUUUCUUUGUGAGUCAGCAGCCUCAUUAUGAUCUGAAAUCUGCCACUGAAUCCAAAGAAAGAUCUUUGACUAAAGAAGAACGAAAUGAGCUCACAUGCUACGCUAAUAAUAUAACUGAUGAACAAAAACCAGCAACAGCUUUAGCAGUCCAUGUCCUCACAAAGAGUAAUUUGUUGGUAGGAAAAGGAAUUUGUAUAACUGUAGUAGAUACUCAAGGAAAACUUCUCACAGAGGAGACUUACUCAGGAACUGAUCCAGCAGCUGGUACUAUCAAACUCUUGCUGACGAAAACACCUCUGACUUCUCCAGGAAAUGAAGGAAUAUUGAAUAAACUGAAGCGUAGCAUUAAGGCUGAAGACUUUCCACAGAGUGGACAUGUCGAUAUUAUACGCACCGAUGGUUCACGAGAAACUGUGAAGUCCUCAAAUCAUGACUGUCUUUUUCAUGCAGUCAUCCAAGCAACAACUAACGACCCAAACAAUGUUGUGCUACAAAAAGCUAAAGAUCUCCGUAGGAAAAUCAGUGAGGAGAUUCUUUUAAACCCAAAUAAGUAUGUAGACGCUGUGAAGAUCCAGAACAUUUUCAACAUGACAAACAACUCGAAGAAAUUUAAACUCCAAGCUGGAGUGAGGGAAUGUGAUAUGGAGCAGUACAUCAAGUACACCAAAGACAAGACACCGAAACAAAUUAUUGAUGAGUACAAACUUGGAAAAGUGGGCGACCACAAGUGCCUUUUAGACAUGGAGAAGCCCACAGCAGGAGUAGUGGAGGCACAGCACAUUCCACCAAAAAGCACAUGGACUGCAGUCCUUCAUCUCAUCAAAACAAACCCCGAGAUUUCUUCUUCAUUAGACAGAACAAACAAGGAAGUUUUCUACUUAAUGAUGAAAAUGAAACAUGACCCGAAUGGAAAAACGCAGCUAUGCAUGAACGCGCUGUCCUCUGAUCACCGCCAUGCACUGAGCAGCGGCAACAGCGCUGAAUCCAGAGCAUGCAGACAUUUCCUGACGAGAACCUUUUCAAGUGGAGACACAGAGAAAGCGCUGAAGCUCUCCUUAAUGAUGGCCCAUCCUCAAUGCUCGGACCACAUCUGGAAUGAUCUCGGUAUCCCUCAUCAUUUCAGGACGUGUGAUUCUGGACUUGCAGCCAUGGACAGGAACGAUUACUACAAGAGAGGAUUUAGGGACAUAGUGAAAAAAUACAGCAGAUGGGAUCUCAUCGACCAAGAACAAACCAUUCGACUAAUAAACUGGGUUCAGAAAGAUAUAUUUCUGAACACAUCUACAGCAGAGUAUAAAGAAAUACUUCAUGUUAUCAAAGAUGCAAAAAAAAAAAGAACUGAAACAUGAGCCUGGAUAAACUGAGCAGAAAGAAAUUAGCACUUACCCUUUAUUCACAUUGGGGCAAUAUUAUUAACGUGUCAGGAGUAACAAAUCAUUUCAGCUUGGCUAAACUUUCCACAUUUGACUGAUGCAUUAAAAUUAUUUAAAUUACAACCCCAAUUCUGAAAAAGUUGGGACAGUAUGGAAAAUGCAAAACAAACAAAAAAAGUAUAAUUUGAAAAUUCAAUUCACUCUGUACUAUAUGGAUAACACAUUAUUUACACAUUAUUUGAUGUUUUACUUUGUGAAUUUAAUUUAUUUUUGAAAAUAUACACUCAUUUCAAAUCUGAUGACUGCAACACACUCCAAAAAAGUUGGGACAGUUGACUGUUUACAGCUGUGUAACAUCAGCCUUUCUUUUAAUAACACUUAUUAAGCAUUUGGACGCUGAGUGAAGACACCAGUUGGUUAAGUUUUGCAAGCGGAAUUUUCCCCCGUUCAUCCAUUAUGCAUUUCUCAACUGCGCGACUGUACAAGGCCUUCAUUUCCUUAUUUUGCGCUUUAUAAUGCGCCACACGUUCUCAAUGGGAGACAGGUCAGGACAGCUGUCUCUUCCACACCAUGAUAUCUCCAGCGAUGGUUACUGCACAGCCAGUGGGAGGAAAGAAGCUCAAGGCAGAGCCUGAGGGGGAAGCGACGUUCCCCAUGAAGCUAGAGUUGGGAGUGAUGCUGUCUGUGAGGUCCAAGGGGGAGCGAAGUUCUCUGAGUGGCCAGAGGGGAGAGCGAGGUUCUCCAUGAAGCACGAGGGGGGAGUAAUGUCCUCCGUGGAGAAGGAAGGGGGAGCUACAUACAGCAGGAAGCAAAGAAAAAGAGAAUACUUUACUGCACUAUGGUUGCAGCAAAAUUUUUCGAGGUGAUAUCCCCUGCCGAGCUGCAGCCAGAGGUCAAUGUGGCGACCUCAUCCCCAGAGCUCCAGCACAAGACCCACGAGGUAGGAUGGGGUGCUCACCAUGUGGACCUCUGACUGGGGCUCUGGAGCAGAGACUACCUCAUGGUAGAUCUCAGAUGGUAAGACUAGUUGGUUUUGUGACUCUAAGUCAUUCCCUUCAAAUGCUAUCGAGCUUUAAAUUAUGGUAUAUUUUGUGUAUGAGCCCAUUUGGUAGUGAAAUACAUGUCAUAUUUACAUAUGAUUUAAUAGUUUUUUUUUAUUAAAUAUAAAAAAUCUAAAGCUUGUGUGUUAUAGCUGACACCUAGUUGAACACUUUACAGUUGGUUAUAUGACUGUAAGUCAUUCCCUACAAAUGCUAUUGAAGUUAGAAAUAUGUAUACCAAUGUUGUAUGUAACUUUUGAAACGGUCCCUUAAUUUGCACAUAUCUGCAAAUAUCGACCGGCUAACAUCACGCCAACUUCAUACCAGUGUAUGCUUCCUCUUUUUUCUCUCUAUCCUGUUAUCUAUUCUUCCUCACUUACCUGUGUCGUAUCGCCCCUUCUAUCCUCCACCCUCUAGUUGAAAGAAAAAUAAUGAAAAGAAUGUUAAUCUCAGUGUAUAUUUACUAAUUCACUGUGUUCUAUUCUGUCUGAUUUUUUAUAUACAUCAAAUUGUGGGUCUCGAUACUCAACUCUGAUAUUUUGACACAGAUGUGAUUAUUUUGUCCUGACUGAUUAUCAUCCCAUGCUUACAUACUUUACAUAACUACAUGUAAAAUACAUUUACUGACCAAACCCAACCCAAGCUCUAAUAUGAAAACAUAUUAAAUAUUUACACACCGUGGGAGCACAGUGACCCCUAGUGGCCAGAGAGAAAAUCAGAUAAUUUUCAACCAAUUCUCCACUACAGGUCAUCAUACAAUAAAAUUAAAAGUAUAAAAACACAUAGCUUACAUAUCUUAGCUUACACGAAGUUUACUCUGUAAUAAGUAAAAAUGAGUAAGAGUAGAUUUAAGUGAGCUAACUUGUUAAUAUAUCCUCCAAAGGCCUGUUGCACGAAGCCGGUUUUUCGGUCUCAACAUGGUGGAUUGGUUUUUUAGAAGGUUUCAUCACCAUGGUAACUUACAAUGCACUAAUAACCUGCUCCGGAGCAGGUUUAAUUCUGAGUAAGGGAACUCAAACCCAACUUUGGGUUGUGUGUGAAAAUCACAGCAGUCCCAUCUGGUACCAACAACCAUUCCACGGUUAAAUUCACAGAGAUCACACUUGUUCUUCAUUCUGAUCUUUGAUGUGAACCUUAACUGAAGCUCUUGACUUGUAAUUGAAUGAUUUUAUGCAUUGCACUGCUGCCACGUGAUUGGCUGAUUACAUAACUGCAUGAGUGUACCCUACAGGUGCUCCUAAUAAAGUAGACAAUGAGUGAACAUCUUAACAAUAAAUAACCGCUUGUUCUUUACAGGUCUUCUAAACAACACCAGGUAGUAUGUACAUAUUUUACGCCAUUUUCACCAUGAAUUUCACCUUCUGCUUCUUUUCUUUGUAUGUAAAAAGAAAUAAAGCUUUCAGAACAAGCAGCUGUGAUUGUCAUCUUCCUUUAACACACUCACUACUUCUCAGCUUAAGAAGAAAGGGAAAGAAAGAAGGAGCAGAUUAACCUUGUUGUCUC